AUGAGUGCCAUAGCACAACAAGAAAAUCUCAUUAAGGAGAGUUUAUUUCAUUUUAUUAAGAAAAACAUCCCAACAGCUGAUUUAAGUGUUAUAGAUGAUAUUGCUCUCUCCUACGUAAUUUCAAUUCUAGAAAUAGCAUCGCAAGACUCCUGUUUUGAUGUAGAAGGUUUUGUAGAGUUCAUGUCAGCUUAUAUCCCGGAAUUUGAACAUAUUAACACAGAGGUUGUCUGUGCUUGGGUUUUGGAAUUAGAAGCUGAGAUCUCCCGCCGGGAUGAGUGUGAUAGUAACUCUACUCAUGAUGAUUCGGCUGGGAGUGACAAAAUUAGUUUGACUCUACUUAAUCUAAGCGACAUGCUGCCUCCAAGCACCAAGGCUAAUCGCUCACACUCAAACUCUGAAAGUUCCGAAACAGCGGAACGUCUUCUGGUUGAGCCGACGUAUAAUGAAGAAUACGCAGACCAAUGCCGAGUUCUCACUGAGAUGUUUCCUAACUCUUGUGCUAUGGAGAUAAAACACUGCAUUUCAAUAGCAUGUGGCGAUCCAGAGCGAGCCGCCGCGACCAUAUUACACCGUCGCGAACAAGGACAGGCAUUAUCUGCGGCUGCCAUACAUUCCGCUGCUAAGCAGCCACUGUGCGACGAUAAUGAGCUCAAAAAUAGGAUCAUUAGGAGAUACUCGUACGUAGACAAAGACGCGGUGACAAAAGAACAUAAGCCGUUGGCACCUAAAAUUGAGCCAAAGAAGAUGGUCCGAUACAGAGACAAUAAGAUUGUCUCUCUGAAGGGAGAAAGAUACACUGAGGUGCCAAAAUCCGGCGACGACGAGGAAAACUUAAAGAAACCCAAAAAACCGCAUUGCCCUUAA